CAAUUUCCUGCUUGCCGUUUGCACACAGUCCCCUGUUCAUACAGACUUUAUUAGGGAAAAGGGUUAGGUUUGCAUUCCUAGCCAGUUUCUCUGCAGUGGAUGUAAGGGAGCAGCAAUCAUGGUGACACGGGGCUGAAGGAUCACCUAAUAAUUCAUGGGAACCACAGACAGAGCUCGCCCGGGAGUGUGGAGUAUGCAAGAAGGAAGGCUGCACUGGAUAUAGGAGUGAAAAUACUAACCAUCUUCUUCCUCUGGCUGGGAAAAAAGAUAUAGGAUCAAGCCAAGAAAAUGUCCUUGAUCAUGGAAGAAGAUGAGUAUAAUAAACUGGUCAUGCAGUCCAGCACUGACUGGCUCAGGGCUGAGACCAAGAGGCUCUUCCAGGAGCUGGGGGAGACCACCAGGGAGAAGAUCCAGGCGGCUGAGUAUGGGUUGGCAGUGCUGGAUGAGAAGCAGCAGCUGAAGCAGCACUAUGAUGAGCUGGAGCUGGAGUACGAGACUGUCAGGCUGGAGAUGGAGCAACUCAAGGAGGCUUUCGGGCAGGCGCAUAGCAACCACAAGAAAGUUGCAGCUGACGGGGAAAGUCGGGAAGAAACGCUGAUUCAGGAAUCUGCAACCAAGGAAGAAUACUACAUGAAAAAAGUUCUUGAGCUGCAGACGGAGCUGAAACAAUCAAAAAACGUUGUCGCCAACGCAAUCUCUGAAAAUGAGCGUCUCAACUCGGUGGCACAAGAACUGAGAGAGCUGAAUCAGAAUACUGAAGUACAAAAAAACCGUCUGCGAGAUGACAUCAAGGAGUAUAAAUUCAGAGAAGCUAGAUUGCUGCAAGACUACACCGAGCUGGAAGAGGAGAAUAUAUCACUACAGAAACAAGUGUCUGUUCUCAAGCAAAACCAGGUUGAAUUUGAAGGUCUUAAACAUGAGAUCAAAAGACUGGAAGAAGAAACUGAAUUCCUUAAUAGCCAAUUGGAAGAUGCCAUUCGGUUGAAAGAAAUAUCGGAACGUCAGUUGGAGGAAUCGCUGGAGACUCUUAAAACAGAGAGAGAACAGAAGAAUAACCUUCGUAAAGAGCUUUCCCACUACAUGAACGUCAAUGAUUCCAUCUAUAGUAACCACCUUAGUUUGUCUUUGGAUGGGCUGAAGUUCAGUGACGAGACCAACGAGCCAAACAACGACGAGGUCAUGAAUGGUUUUGAACAAAAUGGUGUCAUCAAAAUGAACGGUGAAUAUAAAUCAUCCACUCCUAAGAAAACAGACUCUGGCAGUCCAGCACCAAGUCUAGUAUCUGAUCUACUAAGUGAGUUGAAUAUCUCCGAAAUACAGAAACUGAAACAGCAGCUCAUGCAGGCAGAAAGAGAGAAGGUCAACCUAUUAUCUACUCUUCAGGAAUCACAGAAACUUUUAGAGAAUACCAAAGGAGCCCUUUCAGAGCAAAAUGAUAAAGUGAGCAGGCUCACAGAAAAUCUAAAUGCUAUGAAGAAACUCCAAGCCACCAAGGAACGCCAAUCUGCAUUGGACAAUGAAAAGGAACGGGACAGCCAUGAAGAUGGAGAUUAUUAUGAGGUUGAUAUAAAUGGUCCAGAAAUUCUGGAAUGCAAAUACAAAGUGGCUGUAUCAGAAAUUGGUGAUCUAAAGGAUGAGCUCAAAAGUUUGAAGACCAAGUAUGAAGAAUGUGAGGCCAAAUAUGAGGAGGAAAAGAGCAGGUAUGAUUCUGAAACCCAAACAAUGACUGAAAAGAUCUCAAGGUUAGAAAAGACUACUAGGCAAGACAGAGAUCAAGUUGUGCGUCUUGAAAAAGAGCUUAAGAAAGUGACUGAUGUGGCUGGAGAGACCCAAGGAAGUCUUACAGUAGCACAAGAUGAGCUGGUCACCUUCAGUGAAGAGCUGGCUAACCUGUACAACCAUGUUUGCAUGUGCAAUAAUGAAACACCUAACAGGGUUAUGCUUGAUUACUAUAAAGAGGGUAAGGGAGGUCGUAUUAGCCCUGAAGGCAAAGGUCGUAGGUCACCCAUUUUGCUUUCCAAGGGUCUUCUGUGUGCAGAGAAUGGUCACAGUGAAGCUGGAUCUCCUGUAUCUCCAAUACCAUCACCAGUUUCUGACCCAAGAAGAGAACCCAUGAACAUUUACAAUCUCAUUGCUAUAAUACGCGACCAGAUCAAACAUUUACAAGCUGCUGUCGACCGGACAACAGAGCUUUCCAGGCAGCAGGUUGCAAGCCAGGAACUUGGACCCGCUGUAGACAAUGAUAAGGAAGUCCUGAUGCAAGACAUCUUGAAGCUGAAGUCUCUUCUGAGCACAAAGCGGGAACAGAUAGCUACGCUUAGAACAGUGCUGAAAGCUAACAAGCAAACUGCAGAGGUUGCGCUUGCCAACUUGAAGAGCAAAUACGAGAACGAGAAACAAAUGGUAACAGAGACCAUGAUGAAAUUACGAAACGAGCUUAAGGCGCUAAAGGAAGAUGCUGCUACUUUCUCCUCUCUGAGAGCCAUGUUUGCAACAAGAUGUGAUGAAUAUGUCACCCAACUAGAUGAAAUGCAAAGGCAGUUGGCAGCUGCGGAAGAUGAGAAAAAGACUUUAAACUCCCUGCUCAGAAUGGCAAUCCAACAAAAACUCGCAUUGACCCAGCGCCUGGAGCAUCUGGAACUCGAUCACGAGCAAUCCAAAAGGGUUCGCACAAAAUCUGCGUCAAAAACCAAAAGCAAUGGCCCUGCUAUUGUCAGUCGUUUGCUCCCUGUAUCUCGCCAUUCUGCCUAUAAGUAAUCAGGAGUAUCCCCCCCAUUCAUAUUGGAAGUUGUAGAAUAGCCCCCCCGGAGAAGGACUUUCCAUCCAAUGUAUUGUGUUGUACGACAACGUCAUUAAAUUCUUGGUAUACAAUGGCACAAAUUACCAGGAACCACUACGGCCUCAUUAAGAUUUGUGUGUCUAGAAAUACUGCCUUUUUUUUAACAUUCUCUCCGUGUUAUAAAUUAAUACUAGAGCUUUUUUACCAUUAAAUGCUGCUGCAGGAUGAUAACUUACAAGUGCUGAGCAAAAUCAUAUGGUCCAUUUUUUAUACUUGUAGUAUUGGUCUCUCUGGGAUAUGGGGAACUUAUAUUUUGCAUCAGAUAUUCAUCUUCAUUUUUAUCUGGUUGUUAAACCUGUGCACUUUUCAUAUUUUAAAAAUUUGUUUAUGUAGGUAUGUUAUAUCUCAUGUAGAGACGUCUUCAAUAGUCUCAGCAUGGAUACAUUUUUUUUGUUAGUGUUAAGCAAUGCACUUGUUGAUUUUAGAAUCAGCAUGUUGCACAUUUUGUUUGUUUUUUUUAAUAUAAAUUAACACGCUUUUGCGUUAAGUAUAUACAGAUAUAUGUUCUGUGCAACUACAGUUUCGGGUUUAUUUUUUGAUUACUGGUUUUAACUGCCAUAUUCAUCAAAAUCCAGGGUCUCCAAAUUCUGGGGCUUUUCAUAAUAUAUUAUUAUUCCUAGGAAUAGUUUAAUGUAACAAGAAAAAAACUUGACUGCUUAUGGUUAAAAACAGUAAUAGGCACUUGACAAAAAAUAAUGAAAAAGUAGUAUUACCUAAUUUGCCAGAAUAUCUGGUUUUAGGAAUUUAAGGAUUGCUGAUGAACAGAAUUUUAUACAACUGAACCAAUUAAAUUCCAAAUUGGAAUUGUUUUGUCGUUUUCUUUGUUUAUUGUGCCAAAUUGUGGCACAUCUAGAACGUUAAAACUCUGAAAUUGUCAUUUAACAAGUGUUUGUAAGCUUUUGUUAUAAAUCAAUACCAGUUGUGCCUUUCUAAUUUUUGAGGGUAGAUUAGAUUUGUUUAGAUUAGAACAAAGAACAGUUCUGGAAUUUAAAAAAACAAAAAAACGAAGAAAAUAAAAGCAUUUGUUGAGCAAUAAACUCAAAGAGUAUUUGUUGUUUUGCAUAUUUAUAAUGGAGAAUCUUAGUAUAUAUUUACAAAAUAAAUAAUUGUAUACAAUUCUGUUGGUCAGCAGUUCUUUAAAGCUCAGAUCAUUACUAAUUCAGGGGUUUAAUAAAAAUGAUAAAAAAGUAAAAAAAUAAACAAACCACAAAUUAAAUACCAAAACUAAUAGCUUCCAACUAUUUAAAAGCAAGAUGUAUUAACACAUUUGAUAUCACAGCAGAUACGUGUGGAACGCAAAAAUUCUGAUAGCUUUCAACAAUGGUGGACUCAGUCUAACCGUUAAAAUCUUUUCAUAUGUUGAAGAAACCAACAUAUUAAAAAAAAAACUAAUUAAAAAAAUCUACUCUUGCAUGUUGUAUUUAAUUGUUGUUUUCAGGAAACAGAAAAUAAAAAUUGCGUCAACAAAUGCAACCGAAAAGCAUUUGUUGAAGCCAAAUUGAAUGUUUCUAAUUGGUACUCAUAACAUAAAUGUCAUUUUUAUGUAAAUGACCAACAAAAAGGUGCAAAUUUGUUUAACGUUAACAGGGAAAGAAAAGAUUUCUGUUUGCUGGAAGAGCAAUAUAAAAAAUCUUAGUUGUGGGACUUUUUUUUUAUAUAUUAUCUUUUUACAGUAUUGAUCUUUUAAAAUAUUGUUACUGCAAAUUAUUUCAUCUGUAUGUGGGUAUUUAUUUGAAAUUAUUUCAUAAAGUACUGUAUUAUUUUUUAUGUGCAUUAAUUUUAGUGGCAAAGUGGUUUCCAUUUAAUAUGCACGUACACUUGCCAAUUAACCUUUACACAGAUUGAAUUAUGGGAGGACGCAUAUUCAAUGCUUAUAAUAAGGGUUUGUUUAGUGUGUUUAUUACAUAUUAAUACAAGGUUACUUGUAGAAAGUUCUGUGUAAAGGCAGUCACAUGUAUCAAUAAAGGAGAUAAAAAAUGCAA